AUGUUCAGUGGACCCUCUCUUAUGACGUCUACAACGGAGAGGCUGCCAAGGCCCACUCCGCAUUGGCCUUUACCCUUAUCGCUUCAUAUCGCUUUCCCGUGUCUCUCUACUCCCUCUCUCUUCCUUUUCACCUUCUCCCAUUGCCUACCCAUUACGAUCACCUCCCUCGUCUAUUCCUUACCUAGACGGAGACACUCAGCAAUAACGAUAGCGACCCAACCCAUCCAAUCGAAACCACGAGCCCCGAACCCUGCAUACCCUCGGCGCAUCUACCCCACGCCCUCAGUUCCUCUCAAAAUCCUCCAGUCAUCGAGCACCACGAUGAAUCCAGACGAUGAUCACGAUCGGUCAUCCUCGACGCCGAAUGGGACAUCCAAGCAGGGAUCUGCCCAGGACAAGGACAAGCCUCGCCUUACCGAUCAAGAAAAAAAGAGCAAUCACAUUGCCUCUGAGCAAAAGCGACGCGCGGCCAUUCGCGAAGGCUUCGAUCGCCUGACAGAACUAGUGCCUGGUCUCGAGGGCCAGGGCCGGAGUGAGAGCAUCGUUCUGCAGAAGACUGUAGACUUCAUUCACGUGAAGCUCCAAGAACGCCACGAUCUUAUCGCAGAGAUCGAGAGCAAAGGCGGCCGUGUGGACGACUCUUUCCGCCCAACGUGA